UUAAGAGCCGCAAAACAGGCACGAGCUACCACAGCAGCCAGCAACAACGUCCAGAGCGCGAGAGGGUCGCUGUCCUGUCAACGGUCCCUUUAACUAACGAACAACAGCUCAACAGUAACACACACAAUCAGCAGCUAUGAAGAAGCAGACAAGUUUUUUCAUUUUGCUGCAACUUUUCUCAGCUUGCCUGGUGCUGGGGGUAAACGGUGAUUACUGCAAGGUGAAUGUAUGCAGUAAUGGUGGAACCUGUGUGACUGGGGCAGGAGCUCCAUUCAUCUGUAUCUGCCCAGAUGGCUUCUCUGGAGAAACUUGCAAUGAGACUGAGACUGGGCCCUGCAACCCCAAUCCUUGCAAAAAUGAUGCCAUCUGUGAAGUGACCGGUCAGUCCCGCCGAGGUGAUGUGUUCAGCGAGUAUGUCUGCAAGUGCCAGCCGGGCUUUGAAGGAGUUCACUGCCAGAACAGUGUCCAAGGGGCUGAUUUAAGUUCCCAAAAAGAUGUCAAUGACUGUGCUGGCCAGCCGUGUGAGAAUGGUGGCACCUGCAGGGACCUGGACGGAGAUUUCAAAUGCCACUGUCCCUCCCCUUAUGUGGGCAAACACUGUCAGCUGCGCUGUAUUUCCCUGCUUGGCAUGGAGGGAGGGGGCAUCGCUGAGUCCCAGAUCUCAGCCUCAUCUGUCCGUUACAGCAUGCUAGGCCUGCAGCGCUGGGGACCUGAGCUCGCCCGCCUUAACAACAAGGGGCUGGUUAACGCCUGGAGUGCUGCUGCACAUGACAAGAACCCAUGGAUAGAGAUCAAUAUGCAAAGAAAGAUGCGCUUUACGGGUAUUGUGACACAGGGUGCCAGUCGCAUCGGAACAGCUGAGUUCAUCAAGGCCUUCAAGGUGGCUUCAAGCCUGGACGGCAAGACAUACACCAUGUACAGAACAGAAGGAGAGAGGAAGGACCGUGUAUUUGUUGGAAAUGUGGACAAUGACGGCACCAAGACUAACCUGUUCGACCCCCCGAUCAUUGCCCAGUACAUCCGCAUUGUCCCUGUGGUGUGUCGCAAGGCUUGCACCCUGCGCAUGGAGAUGGUGGGCUGUGAGCUUAACGUGUAUUCAAACACUUCAGGUUGUUCAGAGCCGAUGGGCAUGAAGUCCCGGUUGGUGUCUAACCGCCAGAUCACGGCUUCCAGCACCUUCCGCACCUGGGGCAUCGAAGCCUUCACCUGGCACCCACACUACGCCCGCCUGGACAAACAGGGCAAGACCAAUGCCUGGACUGCCGCAACGAACAACCGAUCUGAGUGGCUGCAGGUGGACCUGGAGUCUCCCAAGAAGAUCACAGGAAUUGUCACACAGGGGGCCAAAGACUUCGGCUCUGUCCAGUUUGUGACAGCCUUCAAAGUGGCUCACAGUGAUGACGGACAGUCCUGGACCAUUGUGAAAGAUGAGACCACAAGGACAGACAGGAUCUUCCCAGGCAACAGUGACAACAACGUUCACAAAAAGAACAUCUUUGAGCCUCCGUUCUACGGCCGAUAUAUUCGCAUCCUGCCGUGGGAGUGGCACGAGCGCAUCACCCUGCGAAUCGAGCUUCUCGGCUGUGACGAGUAACGAUGUCCUGGACCCGCCUUCCCCCCUCCCCCCCUUGCUCUACCUCCUCCUCUUCCUUCCCUCCCUUCUCCCUCCUGAGCCACACCUGCACUGCCUUGCUCUCAGCCCUAGGGGGCAGCAAACACCAGAGUAGCGCACCACUGCCCCAACCCUGGCUGGUUGGCGGUGGGAGAUGUUACACUUAACCAAUGUAAGCAGGGCCCUGGUUGAGUUUAGCUACUGUGUCUCGUCUUUGUCCAUUUCCUGAAUCGAUCACUAAUUUUUUCCACCUGAACCAAAUCUGUGAUCAUUUCAAGAAAUUAUUAUUAUCUUUUUUGUCACUGAGCACAGUUGGGGUCAGAUUUGGAUCACACCUACAAGCUAAAUAAAAGGUGGUGACUCCCCCUCUUCCCUACGUCGGAGGUCGGGGUAACAGGACUGCUGCUUUAUCAGUUGGUGCUGCCUAGAUUCUGAUCCUAGAUCAGUUCUACCUGGAACAUUGAACCUCCAAGACCCACGGCUGGUGAUGUACAUAAGCUCCACUUAAUAGCUUGCACAUGUCCUAAAACCAUUCACCUCUGCUCAAGACACACAAGAUACAUAUUACCUUUAGAGGAUAUAUUGACAUUUAAAGUUGUUUUUUCCUUCCAGGAAAAAUAAAAAAAUAAAUUGUGAAUUAGCAAAUAUGAUUAAUAUGCUGUAAAGAAUCCUUUGUCUUUAAAUCUGGGAAGAAACAUGUUUGUUUGCUUGUUGUUCUUUAGUGUGGAAAACUAUUGAAUUCCAAACCAAUUUACCAGAGAAUUUGGCAUAUUAUUUUCUUUGUUUGAGCAAAAGUAAGAGAUUAAACAUCUCAAGGUGUGUCACUGUGUGUUCUUCAGUAUUCAGAGUAUUUCUCUGCAGCGGCUUGGACGGUAAAAUUCUCAUUUCACGUUUCCUUAAGUACAUUUUUUGCACUGCUUUAGAAGGUUAAGAUCCAACAUCCACUGUAUUCAUGCUGGCAAAACAUAUACAUGUAGCAGCCAAUAAUAGACUAUUUACACUAUUCCUUAUUUUUUACCGAACAUGUUGAGGGAAGCGUACUGAAACUUUUACCAGACGUCAUCUACGAACCCCUUUGAAAGUCAAAACAGUAUUAAGUAUUAAUCUCAUCUUGUGCCAACCCCCCUGAAUCUUUUUGUUUUUGUGGGUUAAUUUGAAAUGGGGGAAAAAAGUAUAUGAUGCAGUGAUGCAGACACUCGAAAAGAAAAAAAUUCAAAUAAUAAAUUAAUCUCUGUCAUUGUGAGACACAAUCAUUCAAUAAACCUUAACAGUCUGUCAGUUUAACAGACAAAUGUGAUUUCAAAGCUGGAGGAGACUCACUGACAGACAGGAUGUUAUAAACAAAAGACAAAAAGAGUUUGAGAUCAUUGUUAAGUUAAAGACAAGAGACACUCUUUGGAUAAUGAAUAAAAGCUGUUGACUCACAAAGAUUCACACAUGAACUGGUGCAACAAGAAAUCUGACACAGGAACUCAUCCUCUGAAAUUAUACAUAAGUCCUUUUAAAGAAUGUUAUGUUUUAGUUGCUUGACUAAAUGUUGUAAUACAUUGCACUGUUAUUUCACUAUUCACAUGUUACUGGCUGUUACAGCAGAUGUGUUUCAAAUCUCAUGAGAUUUUUCUUGCCAUCUGUAACUCUUGGAAACUUCAUAUCUUGACAUAUCCAUUUCAAAUCAAUUUUAUAAUUGCUGACAAGAUUCUUGGAAUGACAAGAAUGACAGUAUUAUGUCAAUAACAAUCCAGUAAUUGUGUCCCUAAUUGGUAGGCAUCAUAAACUGAGAGAUUAACUAUAGUGUAGAAGCUGCAAGUUUAAAAUAUGAUGUACAUUGUCAUCUCAGGUCGAAGUAGAUCGGCUCCUAAUGUACAGUAAAUGCUACUGAAAUGCUACAAAUUCACUCACACUCUUGGCCGUGUUUCUAGUUGUCUUCGCACAAUUCAAAUUGUUUUUUUAUGGCACUUUGAUGUUCGUGUUUUGACAUUUUAAAAUAUCCAAAAACCAAAAAGAAAAAAACAAGAAAUAAAAACAGUAUUGUGCUUUGAAGAACCAACUGUAAAGAUACUCAUUACUACACGUAAAGAGAAGAAGAAUAGAAAAUAUAGUUGCAGUUCAGUUUCUUUUUUGGAUUAAACUGAUCUUUGAACGUCUGAGUUUGGUGUUAAUAUGUGACAUGCAUAUAUACAGUACUCCUGUGCUGAGAACUGUCCGUGUUAGUAGAUGUUAAUGUUUGUUGUCGACCAUCUAUUUUUGGGGUCCAACAUUCUGCCUCCAGUUAAAAGCUGAGGCCCCGCUGAUAAGACUGUAAGAGAGAAACCAAAUUAAAACUGAUUUUUUACGGUUCCACCGGACAUGUGACACGACCCGCCGUAUCAUCUGCUUCUGCCGCCCCCAUCACAGUAUUCUAAACCUUUUCCACCCCAUGAAUUAUGAAUUAUGGGCUUGUGCAAUAUUAUACUGUGUUAGUUUUGAUAACAAUGAAUAUUAAUUCAAUAUCCUUAAAAAAUGCAUGAGGGGAUAGCAGUGCCACUGAGAGGUCGAGGAUAGAUGUUGGUGUCAAACACUGUACAAUAUUUAUUAUUGUCGCAGACGAUUCCACGUGCAGUCACCAUUGUUAUCCAUGUCUGCAUGCAUUUUAUUGAAUAGUGUUACUCAGUUUAAGUUCAACCGAUUUGAAUUUAUUGGUGACAUAGCUUCUUUUCUUUAGGUGUUCAUUAACAUUCAGAGUAUCAAGUAUUGUAGAUAUCUUGUUUUCCUGCUGUUCAGGUUUUCUAUGAUUGAUCUAAAAACAAUUGAUUACAUUGAUGUGUUUUUAUGGUAUAAUAUGAGUUCAUUUCUUUCUAUACUGACUGUGGACCCCACAGAAUUUAAACAGUUUGAAGUUGUUGUUUUUUUUACUGCUUAUUCCAGUAUUUUGUUUCUAAGAGGAUUCCUUUGAUGUUUCGCCUUUGUAUCUGAACAUGAUAAAAAUAAAGAAUCAAAAAUG